AGGCGAGAGACGCUCCUCCAGGCUGACUCUCUCUCCCUCUCUCUCGGUCCGUUGGUCCGUCUCGGUUCCCAUUGUCUCUCCUCCUCACUCCUUGAAGACAAACCCCGGAGACCACUCGCCAAACUUAGCCUGUAUUUCGCUCACAUCGCUGUUUUUGUCGGUGACACGUGGAGACUUAUGUGGACAUUACACUUCACUCUGUCCACCCCUGUGCCUGAGACGUGGACAUGCUUUUUUUUUCUGUCUAUUUGGUUAACAGUGUAGAGAUGUUGAACCGGAUGAAGAGGCUGUGAAUGAACCGAUCAACGACGCGGAUGACAAACAACAAGGCGGCUGUGUUGUGAAGCAGUUGAAGGGAUGAACCAGAGGAGCAUGAGGAGGAGGCGAAGGUCUUGACCAGGCAACACAGGCACCGGGAUCAGGGCUUUCUUUUGCGGCUGCUGACAUCUCCAAACAUCCUGGCAACAAUUUGACUCGGCGGAUAAACAAACUGUAUUUUCAGCCGCAGGUUUGGACAUGAAUCGCUGGUGUGAGUGAACAGAUGAUGAGCUGAUCUGUGAGAGGUGGCAGGGACCACUUUCACUUGUCUCCUCCACCCUGAAACACACCAGUUUGUUUCAGUCGGAGGAAUCCAAGUGGAGCUCAGUCGGAUUAGAGAACGAGAGACAGAAUUUAAUCUGUUUAUUCUCAUCUCACCAUCAUCUCCCUGCUGCCUUUUUUUUUCCUUCUCUCCCUGGAAUUGGCUUCAACACAAGACCAUGACAAGGAUGCUGCUGCUCAUUAAGGGGAUUGUGGACCGGACUUUGUAGUCCACUAGGUGAUGACUGGACAAGUGGAGCCUUUGUGGACAUCAGUUUAACAUUUGCUGGAUGAAGGCAGGAGUCCUUUCUUGAGCCAACAUUGUUCUACUUCACACCCACAUUCUCAGAAAUCUGAAUUUGGUGAUUGGACCAUUCACUUGGAAAUGCACCACACCACCUGAAUAAUCCAGCUUCUUCACUGCCUCCAGUUGCUGAGGCUUGUGAAGGCUUUGCCAACACGGACGCACCAGAGAACAAUCGGCGCACUUGAAUUAUCCACCUUCCAUCUCUGAUCCCUGACCCCCACGUGUGUCGGAAAUCCUCGGGACCACAUUGUGGGGCUGUUAACCUGUCAGCAGCUGCUCCAUUUGAAUGAAGCAAUAGCCUUUCAUUCCUCUGAGCUCUAGCAGACUACAGGGGCACUGCUCUGUUGUGCACCUCUACCUGGGCUGCCAGCCAGCCAGACGGCCCUCUGGGGGGUUUGGAUUGUGCAGGUACAGCUGGAGAUUUAGGAGUUACUCAGAGUUUCUUCUUCACCACGUGGGCAGAGAAGGAGGGGGACACCAUGGGGUGCUGUAGCGGCAGGUGUACCUUGGCCUUCAUCUGUGGCAUGCAGCUGGUCAGUGUGUUGGAGCGUCAGGUGAUCGAUUUCCUGGGCUACCAGUGGGCUCCCAUCCUGACCAACUUCAUCCACAUCAUCGUCGUCAUCCUGGGCCUGUUUGGCACCAUUCAGUUCAGACCAAGAUACGUCACAGGGUACGCGGCCUGGCUCGUGGCGUGGAUGACCUGGAAUGUUUUCAUCAUCUGUUUUUACCUGGAGGUUGGGGAUCUCUCCAAAGAUUCUGACCUCGUGCUGACUUUCAACCUGUCCAUGCAUCGCUCCUGGUGGAUGGAGAAUGGCCCCGGGUGCAGGGUGACACCCAUCACCCCUCCCCCCUCCUGGGCACCCGAGGACCACCGAUAUAUAUCUAUAGCUGGCUGUCUGAUGGAUUUCCAGUUCAUAGAGGUGGCUCACUCCUCGCUGCAGAUACUGCUGGCUUUGGUGGGGUUUAUCUACGCCUGCUAUGUGGUCAAGCUCAUUUCUGAAGAGGAGGAUAGCUUCGAUUUUAUAGGAGGGUUUGACUCGUAUGGUUACCAGGGGCCUCAGAAGACGUCCCACCUUCAGCUACAGCCCAUGUACAUGUCAAAGUAAACCCAGGAUAAACUCGAGGAGAGCUGCCUUACCAACCACCACUGCUUCACAUCCUGCUUUUACUACUUCAACUGGGUUUUUUUAACCGAAAAACAACUGAGACACAGUCAAGUAGAUGGGAGUCACUGACAUUUUAUUCUGUGAUUCAACCAACAAAUACCGCCCCCCCCCUCCCCCAGUACAUGGUCAGAAGGCUUCCUUCUGCCCCUUCUGUUGUUUUUAAUGCAGUUAAGUCUGUUCUUGAUGAAACACUGGCCUCGUGUGGUUGAAUAUGGUAACUGCAGGAUUUUUUUUCUUUUCCUUUCUGCCUCUGAGGGAAAUCAUCUGGAGCCAGUGUCUCGCUUUGUCUUGUGCUGUUUGAGUAUCUGCAGUGAGAUGGAAACCAAAUGGAGGCGCAAAUCAGGUGAUGUGUUUCCUCAGGCCUCCAGAGAGAACUGUUUGUUUUCUGCUGUCAGACAAAAAAAAAAAAAAAACAUAAACAUGGAGCUCCUUCUUUUUGAGAUGCUUCCUCAAGUGAUGUGGGAACAAACAAACAGCUCUCGUGUGCAGAUCUGCCUGACCAAAGAGUGCAAAACCCCCACCCUUGUGUAAGCAAUAGAGCCUGUUUAAACAACCCUGGAACCGUUUGUGCUCAGCGUGCCUCAUAAGAUUGAACUUCAGAAGACUGCCAAGCAAGGAAUGUCCAGACUUCACUUUUCUAUGAUUACUUCACGGUGCAUUCGGAUACGUUUCGACAGCAAAGACGGAGACGGACGCUCACAUUUAAUUUGUUGUUCCUUGAAAAACUGUGAAUACUUAAGUAGCGAUAGGGGGACGUGUAUAUUUACAUGACAUCAUCGCAUACGUGCAUGUGUACAGGACGCAGACACAUUCACAACAACAACACACACACACACUAAUAGAGAUCUGCAACCACUUCUUUACUACUAAUGUGAAUAAUAACAAUGUUUACAAAAAAAACACAGAGAGACUGAGCACUUACUCACAGGUGCAGCAGACAGACAGACAGACAGACAGACAGACAGACAGGCAGACCUGCAGACACUUUUUCCCUGCAGCAUCCCAAAUGCCAACUGGCGUUUUCUUGCAUACUAAAUCAGACAGGACAGUUGUUCAGAUGUAUUUCUUUGGUGUCUUGCUGUCCAAAUAAUUUGUCUUCCACCCAAUGCAGGCAGGUAGAGGGAGAUGGAGACAAAACACAGUACCGCAGAGAUGUUUGAGGUCACACAGCAGUUUCCCAUCCACCUCAGUCCUCAUGGAGCCACCACACCCAGCUCUUUUUCUUUUGAAUUUUAUUUUUAAACAGAGCUGGAAGCCAGAUUAAAUGCCUAUUCAGCCCCACAGCAUCCAGCUCCAUUUAAUAACAGACAUAGUUCAAAAGCAGCUGAAAUCGUCCGUGGGCAACGCUGCCACAGAGAGAAAAGACAUGUGACUCUUACAGAAAUGACAAUCACAGUCAAAGUAGCUUUUGGUAUCUUUGAAUUUGUCACAUGGAGAGGAGCCUCUAAAUUAAAAAACAAACAAAAAAACAAUUACAUGAGUUAUUUAUUAUUAUUUAUGUAUGGAAACCACUAGUUUAAGGCGAAGCUGAAGGAAACAACGGAGGCUGACACUGAACGCAUCCACCCUCGCCUGCAAGACUAACAAGGACAAAAAAACAAUACCAGAGACUUUGCUGCGCCCCUCUUUCACCCCGACGACUCAAGUUUAAAUGUUGAAAGUGCCAACCCGAGAUACCGCGCGGACAUCUGUAAGAAGCCUGGUUUCUGAGAGCAACAGACUGGGACCAAAUGUGAUGGGUCUCAGGUUCACUUGUUUCUGGUUCCUAAUUUCAACAAAAUAGUGUCAGAUAAUUCCUGUUUGCAUUCCAGACGGCUCGCAGAUUUGAUUCCGCGUUGUUCUGUUCUUAAAAAAAAAGAAUGGACAGGUUUCUUCUGGACUAAAUAUUUAGCAUUUGUGUUGCGAUCUCCGGACCAAACGUUUGAGGCCUUUUUCUGUCAAGCAAGGAACGGUGUUUUUUUGCGGGGGGGGGGGGGUGAGGGGAAACUGUUGAGGAUUGACCAACAGACCCUUUUCCCCCCCCCCCCUCUACAAACUGAUGUUAAAGACCAUCUUCCACCUUCCUUCUGCCAACUUAUCUCUAGUCGUUGAGCUGUUUUUUGGUUUUUAAACAAACUCUGCGGGUUUCCUUCAGAGCCUUCAGAGCCGUCACUCUGGAGGACAGAAACAACAUUUUGUGUGUUUGCAUGGGGUGUUUCCAAAACUGUUGCAUAUUUAAUCUCAUGCUGCGUGUGACUAACUAGCUACUUAAAAGUGGAAACUGUUUGGUUUGUUGAAUGCUCCUUCGCUCUCUUCAAAGAGUCCUAUAUGUGAACUUUGUGAUUUUUUCUAUAACAGUCAGAAGUGUCUGCCAAGUGAAGGACAAUACUAGCUACUAGAGUGUAAAACAAUGACAUGUAACUUUGAACUUCUAGACGUUUUUUAAUAACAUGUGGCCGUGUUUACUGUUUUUUCUAGUUGACUACUAAUGUAUGAUGUUGUGUACAAGUGGGACUUCUAUGUUUUAUUUCUUCUAAAUGUACAGUUAUGUUACAUAAGAGAGAGUAAGAAAAAAGGAGACCGGGAGGAAAGAGAUUUAGUUGCACUAUAGUCCAUAAUUCUUUCAUCAAAACCUUCACCGAGGUCGGAAAAAUUCACUUUCACUUCAGCACAUGACAAGCAUUACAUUUAUUUUCAUUUAUAUUUAGACUGAUAAAUGCACAUAGCUUUUUAAUAAACAAAGUCGCUGCAAAUGACCGUGUCUUCUGGAAAUGUUAAAUCGGGGACUGUGAAAGGGUCACAUAUCCAUUAUGAAGAGCUCUUGAUUCAAAAUAAAUAGUCACAGUCACUUGUCGAAUGACUCGGGUUUGAACUGAAAGUGAAUUUAUUUAGUUGGAAUCACUUUAUUAUCGCCUGACACUGUGGAAUCAGCAUCAAACUAAGUACAAUUAUGGGAGAUUGGGCAGACGGAAGCAAACGGAAAGACUGUGCGUGUGUGUGUGUGUGCGUGUGUGUGUGUGUGUUACCUCUUUAGAACCUUUUCUGGCAUAAACGCUGACCUUGUCAGGAUCAGCCGUCCUCAUGGAGACCAUAACCUGGUCCUGUGUGAGGCAGAACCUCAUUACUGAGGAACUGGUUAAGUGUAUGGCUAAGAUUUGAGAGUGUGGUUAGAUUAUGUUUAGGGUUACGCGUUGACUGGUUAUGGUUAAAGUUAGGGAUAACGCUUUCAGACGGCUGUCCAAAUGAAUAGACGUCGAUGAAGUGUCUUAAGAAGAAUAGCUGCACAAACCUGUGUGUGUGUGUGUGUGUGUGUGUGACUUUGUACCACACUUAUUGUUUUCUGUGUCAAAUGAGCAGCACUGCAUCUGCUAAAGACAUUACCUGCUCUGGACUCAACACAAAAAACUUAAUACGUAUAGUUAAUGAAAAGCAAUAACAACAGUAACACUAAUUAUAAAGACACACUGCGCUUAGUGCAUCGUGUAUCUUCUCAUUUAGACGUUGGAACAGUCAAUAGAGCUCUUGCCUAUAGAUCGGAAAACUGCACUUCUGUACAGAGAGAGGAAGCCAAAGCCGAGCCAUUAUUUUAAGUGGCGCAAACAAACAUUUAGUCAAGCCGCUGCGACAUUUUACAACCUGUCCCAGUAUCUAACUACCCACAGCGGAAGCUUUAUAGUUAUGGCCGUUAUUUACAGUUAUUAAUGUGGCACCGCGUAAAGGUGUGACUUAUUUAGGGAAAGAAAAACGACAUAUUUUGCUAGUGUUUCUCUGUCUGAAAUGUAUAUGCAUAGUCUCGGCAGAAUCAACCCCGUCGCUUGUCACUGUGCCAUGUUAGGUAAGCGGACAGUGCAAAUGUGUGGAGUUUGGCAAUUUCAAAAACAGUUCUUUCAUUGAAUCAGUUUAAUCUUAAUUUAGGAGAGCUCAGAGAGUGCGUUAAUACAUCACCAUCACGACAUUAGGAAACAGUCACACUGUCAGUGUGUCAGUGCAGGAAUGUGCUGCUAACUGCCAGUGGGAGAGAAAAAAAAAAAACCUUCUUCAUUCAGUCUUUGUGGCUCUGGGUUGAUUUGUUAAUGUUCACCACUGACUCCAACCAUCUGUGUUGCUUUAACUUCUUCUCUUUUUCUGGUGGUUUUUCCCCCUCACAGGUGACUGACUGUACAUAAACUAGACAGUUGGGAAUAAAGUAGACAAUUAAGAAGCAAAGUCUA